UUUAGAGUCCAACCCUAGGAUUUAAGAGCCCGAACCCACCCACGGCCAGCGUAAGCACCAGUGAGCUGCUGCCUAUCGAACUCUCCGGAUUCGCGCUCUUCUCCUUCGCUCGAUCUCUCUCCGCUCGUUGAUAGGAGGCCAAAUCUAGGGUUUAACCGUCGCCUCCCCUCCGCUCCCUCCCGAGGUUCGCAAUGGCGAUCGUUGCUCAGACGCCCGACAUCUUGGGAGAACGGCAGUCUGGCCAAGACGUCCGCACCCAGAAUGUGGUGGCGUGCCAAGCGGUUGCUAACAUUGUGAAAUCGUCCCUCGGACCAGUUGGUCUCGAUAAGAUGCUGGUUGAUGACAUUGGUGAUGUCACAAUUACCAAUGAUGGUGCAACAAUACUAAAGAUGUUAGAAGUUGAGCAUCCGGCUGCCAAGGUUCUUGUUGAACUUGCUGAACUUCAAGAUCGAGAAGUUGGAGAUGGAACAACAUCAGUGGUUAUCCUGGCUGCUGAGUUACUUAAGAGAGCAAAUGAUCUUGUGAGAAACAAGAUUCAUCCAACUUCUAUAAUUAGUGGCUACAGGCUUGCAAUGAGAGAAGCUUGCAAAUAUGUCGAAGAAAAACUUGCUACAAAAGUUGAAAAACUUGGAAAAGAUUCACUUGUAAACUGUGCAAAGACAAGCAUGUCGUCAAAAUUAAUUGCAACUGAUAGUGAUUUCUUCGCUAACUUGGUUGUGGAUGCAGUUCAAGCAGUGAAGACUACAAAUGCAAGAGGAGAAGUUAAGUACCCAGUAAAGAGCAUAAACAUUUUGAAAGCUCAUGGAAAAAGUGCCAAAGAUAGCUACUUGCUGAAUGGAUAUGCUUUAAAUACAGGCCGUGCAGCUCAAGGGAUGCCUAUCAGGGUUGCACCUGCAAGAAUUGCUUGUCUUGAUUUUAACCUUCAAAAGACAAAAAUGCAGAUGGGUGUUCAAGUCUUGGUCACAGACCCAAGAGAACUUGAAAAAAUUCGUGAAAGGGAAGCUGACAUAACUAAGGAGCGCAUCCAGAAGCUUCUAAAAGCUGGAGCUAAUGUUGUACUAACAACCAAGGGAAUCGAUGAUAUGUCGCUAAAGUACUUUGUUGAGUCUGGAGCUAUUGCUGUGAGGCGUGUUCGCAAGGACGACUUGCGACAUGUUGCAAAAGCAACUGGGGCAACUGUGGUGACCACGUUUGCUGACAUGGAGGGAGAAGAAACAUUUGAUUUGUCACUUCUUGGACAUGCUGAUGAAGUUAUAGAGGAGCGCAUUGCUGAUGAUGAUGUAAUUUUGAUCAAGGGCACAAAGAAUUCUAGUGCGGUCUCAUUGAUUCUUAGAGGUGCUAACGACUAUAUGCUUGAUGAGAUGGAUCGGGCUUUACACGAUGCAUUGUGCAUUGUGAAGAGGACCCUUGAGUCGAAUAUGGUUGUUGCUGGUGGUGGUGCUGUCGAGGCUGCAUUGUCUGUGUACUUGGAGUAUCUUGCUACAACUUUGGGAUCUAGGGAACAGCUGGCAAUUGCAGAAUUUGCAGAAUCUCUUCUCGUCAUACCUAAGGUGCUUUCUGUGAAUGCGGCAAAGGAUGCCACCGAGUUAGUAGCAAAACUUCAGGCUUAUCACCACACUGCCCAAACCAAGGCAGACAAGCAGCACCUUUCAAGUAUGGGGUUGGACCUCUCAAAAGGUAUAGUUCGUAACAAUCUUGAAGCUGGAGUUAUUGAGCCUGCAAUGAGCAAAGUGAAGAUUAUACAGUUUGCAACCGAAGCAGCUAUAACAAUUCUGCGGAUUGAUGAUAUGAUUAAGCUUGUGAAAGAUGAAAGGGAGACUGAAGAGGAUUAGAUCGCCAGGAUGUGGUUAAACUGAAGUGAGCUUGCAGGAUUUUGUGUUUUCUAGGGAGUUUUCGUUUUGAUAAUUACGUUGUCCGACGAAUGGAAAGUUUUGCCAUGCAGUUUGGGACUUUUGUAAACCUUGUGAAACUCUAUUGUCAAUCCGAGAACAGGCUUAACCUUUUGCUUUGUACGAUAGUUUUCUAUUCUUUAAGGUUUUGGGGAUGGUUACUUCCAAUUUGGAUUGCAAGCCUAAUGCAGAAAUAUUUUGAAUGUA